CGGAAAGGCAGAGUGUGAAUCCUGAAACUGAAACCAAAUAGAAAGCCUUUGAAUUGAGAGUGUUCAAUAUGUGUUCCACUUUUUGUUUUUUUUACCCAACACUUGGCAACAAUCGAUGGGAGGUGUGACAUUAGGCGCACUUACCAACACUGGUGGCCAAAACCUCACCGAACUUUCUACAUGACAAGCCACUUUUUUAUGUGUCUGCGUCGUGAUUAAUCCUAGUUAAGAUUGUGCAAAAUUUCUGUGCAAAUUGAUUAAGGAGUCGAUUUUUAGACAACAGAUUUAUUUAAGACCGAUAACAGGAAUCCAAAACACAAGCGCAGCAUAGAGCAGAACAUAAUGAAGCAUCCGGAGGAGAGUUUUUGAGGCAGUAAUAAAACAGCACAUUUUUCCGGAUCCCCGUUUUUCCACUCACCGAAAAACGAAGUCUCAACGUCUGGCCAUCAGUUUGCUGUCAACUCUUUGCUCCCUAGGAUUGACAGAUUGAGGUACCGGACACACACCAUAUUCUUUAGCUAUCUGCGUUAACGUACGCACAUAUAUAUAGAUAUAUGUCGUUUGGAUCGUGAUUAGGCCGUAUCGGUAGCAAUGUCCACUGCCCUGGCAAUGGCAGCAGCGGCUUCCUCGAGCGGCACGGCGGCAAUCGCCGCAGCCGCAGCAACGACGACCACUAGCAGCACCACAAACACCUCCGCGUCGCCGGCAACAACCACCAACAUGAACACCACUACAAAGACCACAACAACCACAGCAGCUGCGGUACCAACAGAACCGACUUUGAACAUGGCCAUCGAGCCAUCGGAGAAAGCAGAAUCCGGCGGAGACGAAGCAGGGGAUUUUCAGCCGGCGCCCGACGAUUGUGCUCCCAAGCCACGGAGGCCGUCCAAAACCACUGUGGUGCACACAUGCCCUCGGCCACCAGGUGGCUACAAGUACUCCAUGGAGUUUCUCUACGGGAUCGGCAGCGGAAUGGCUGGCAUACCGCUCAAUAUACCCACGCCCUCUUCGAUAACCCCGCGAACAUUGAGGACCACGGCUCCCUUGCUAACCACCCACAUGCCUCUGCUGCCCUCCAUGGGAGCGACAUCGCCACGGUCUGGGGCAAGGAACCGUUAUCAGGGUGCGGGAGGAGCAGCUGGAGGAGCAGGAGCAGUAUCUGGAUCGGCUGGAGGCUCGGGGGGAACCGCAGCAGCCACAGCCACGGCAACUGCACAAGGAGCCACUUCAGGAUCGGAGGGAGUGGCAGGAUCGCCCUCAUCUGCCAGCUUGCCCGCCGCGUCACAAGGUGCCCUGCCUGCCGCCCAGUUCAUCUACCAAGGAUACCUGCCCACCGGACCACAGCGACGAUUGUGGCACACGGAGAACGCAGUCUGGCAGUUCGAUCGGAACUAUCCCUACAAUCAGGCCUACUCCCCGCAGUACGCGAUUCCCAUGAUGCCGCUGGGAUUCGAGCACCCGUAUGGUCAGCGGAUUAUAUAUCCGGGCUACUACAACCAGGCAACGGGUGGGUUGCAUGCCACUCCAGUGCCGGGAAUGCCGAGGAGCAGUCGUCAGGUGAGCCAGCAGUCGCCAUUGUUGGCCCAACCGGCUGCAGGUGGCGAAACCAGCGAGGAAGCGCCGCCAACUCUGGGGAAUCCUCCCCAGGUGACCAGCCCCUGGCGUUACGGAAGACCGGGAGCACAUCGCGAUCGCUUGGGAUCGGGACGACAGAGAGUGGCUGCUGCAACGGGCGCAUCUAUGUACCACAGGGAUUCGAAGACCUAUUACAACAGUGUCACCGGCGGAAUGGGUGGAGGACCCCGAUUCAAAGCACCCUUUGUGGUGAAUAGUCGCAGUUACCAAGGAGGAGCAAUCGCAGCCGGAGGAGCGGCAACCACUGCAGAAGCAGCGGAAGGAGGAGCAACCGCGGGAGGAGGAACACCAGCAGAAGGAGCCGCACCAACUAGUGCCACUACUGACACCGAUCAGAAUCCAACCGGAAAUCGCAACAAGGAAAAGGGACCUUCGUCCAAGAACCAUGCCAAAAAUCGGCACCAAUCAAAAAGAGGCGGCAAGCGAUUGGUGGGCAAGGAGCGCACCUCGAAUUCCUCAGGAUCACUCUCAGCCUCCUCCUCGAAAUCCCAACUGGACAAGCGUCCCAGUUCGAGUACCUCCCUCUCCCCGAACAAGCACCCCAAUCGUCCUUUCAGGAACAAGAUGCGCUACACUGCGAGUGAAGUCAAGGAACAGUAGUCGGUGGCCAUGGCACCACCAAUAGGUAAUUAUCAGGCGGCGCAACAAUCCGGAGUGCGCCGGGUGGCAAAGUUCCAAGGAUCGAACGCCUAUCAAGGACAAACUGCAGCCCGGCAGCAGUCGCGUUACUAUCAAUCCCGGUACAUGGAUGCAUAUGUCUACCAACCCGGCCACUACAUGGUUUAUGCACCCGGUGCAUCCAUUUUUGGAGCAGCCGGGGGAGGACUACCGAUGCCAGGACUAUCGGCGGGAAUCGCAGGAGGUGGUGGAGCAGCAGGAGGAGUAGGAGGAGGAGGGGGAGCAGCUACGGCCGCGGCCAGCAGCGCCACCUCGGAGGGCGAGCAGCCGCUGGACUCGGACUUUGAUCAGCGCCAGGACUUUGCUGACUUGGGUCUGGAUCCAGCCAAUGGCGGCUUCUCCUCCGAUCUGGAGCCGCUCGGUUACAAGCAGGACACCUCCGAACUAGACGGCCACUCGACGUGUCUGCUGUCGCAUCCGAGCUCCGAGAUCGAAGUGGACGAGGGCAGCUUGGCUCUCAGCGUGGAGAGUGAUGUCACCGAAAGCGAUUUGAGUGACGCCUCCGUGGAGUCGGUGGUGCGCAAGAUAAUGGUCAGCUGCCUGGCCAUCGCCACCGGAGCUCAGGAGCCCGAUCUGAGUGGUCCGAACCUGGUGCCCUACGGCGACAUGCACCACCUUGUGCAGCUGGAGAGGAAGACCCAGCCAACCGGCCCGACCAACGGAUACAGGUGCCACCUGCCACAUCAGCAGCACCACCCGCACGUGAGUCCCCGAGGAAUGAGUUGCUGCGGGGACAUGUUGAGUCAGUCGAAGGAGAAGAUGGAGCUGAACCACCAGGACACCGGGAAGAGCCAUUCGAAGGAGCCAGCCGAGGAGGUCGACAACCUCUCGGUGACCUCCAAUCUCUCCUGCAGCCCAUCCGCCUGCUCCAGCAAAAGUGCAGUGGGUGUCGCCUCUUCCAAGCCCAACAUCACCAUGGCGCAAGAACCUGCAGAAGAAAAUUUGCCUUUGGUGAUUCACAAUCGCUACUGGCGCGAAUUCUUUGGUUAUACGCCGGCGGAUCGCUUUCUGCUCAGAUCCAGGUUGGUGGAAAUGAAGAGGCCACCAAAGAGCGUACCCAGCAAAAGCAAGUGGGAGCCCUUGUCCCUUUCCAUUUGGAGGAAGUUCCUCGAGGCCCAGCAGACUCGUCAUGUUUACAAUACCAAGAUGCGACUGUGGCGUUCCAUUUACACAGUGGCCAUGACGACCUACCCCAGAUACGGCUUGUAUCUGGUCGGGUCCACCAUCUCGUACUUCGGUUCCAAGUGCUCGGACAUGGACAUUUGCAUGCUGGCCUGCACGAAUCCGAGCAUCGAUCCCCGCAUGGAGGCGGUUUAUCACCUGCAGCUGAUGAAGGAGUUGCUGCAGCGCACAAACAUGUUCCAGGACUUCAAUCUGAUCGAGGCCCGGGUGCCCAUCCUGCGGUUCACCGACCGGCAGCACAAGGUGGAGGUGGACAUAAACUUCAACAACUCCGUGGGGAUCAGGAAUACCCAUCUGCUGUACUGCUACUCCCAGCUGGAGUGGCGCGUCCGUCCGAUGGCGCUGACCGUGAAGCAGUGGGCCCAGUACCACAACAUCAACAAUGCCAAGAACAUGACCAUUUCGAGCUACUCGCUUAUGCUGAUGGUCAUCCACUUCCUGCAGGCCGGAGCCAAUCCGCCGGUGCUGCCAUGUUUGCACAAGAUGUAUCCGGAUAAGUUUGGCCUCCUGCACCCCAGCGACUUCGGGUACGUGGACAUGAACGAGGAGAUGCCGCCGUAUCAGUCGGAGAACAGUCAGUCCCUGGCGGAACUGCUGCUCGGAUUCCUGCACUACUACAGUGUGUUCGAGUACGGAAAGUUCGCCAUCUCCAUUCGGGUGGGCGGAAUUUUGCCCAUUGAGAUUUGCCGGUCCUCGUCGGCGCCGAAGAACGAUAUUCACCAGUGGAACGAGCUGUGCAUCGAAGAGCCCUUCGAUCAGACGAAUACAGCGAGGUCGGUCUACGAUUCGGACACCUUUGAGCGCAUCAAGGCCAUCUUUGUGGCCAGCUACAGAAGACUGGAGUCGACGAGGAGCCUUAACUCCAUAUUCGAGGGCUACGACGGACCCACGAUCCUGAUGCAACAGCCCUCGGCGGAGUCGGAGAGUGAGUUCUACGAGGGCCAGAAGCAUCAUUUCCUGGCGAAAAGGGGCUCCUCCAUGUCCAACAGCGACAUGCCCUCGCCCCGAUCCUCAAAACUAAUGGUGGACAAGGCCACCACAGCUGCUUGGACCGAUAUUAAAGUAAAACCCGAUCAAAACAAAGCGGAGGAUUCACAAGCUGGCAGGGAGAGCAAGAUCCCCACAAGUGUGCGAACCAAAGAUGACUCUGUGGCCACUCAGCCACCGCUUGCAUAAAAACAUUGACCCCAAAAUAUAAACCAAAGUUAUAAAAAACAGAACACGACACAACCCCUGCUAAAACAAUUCAAAGAAAACAUUUUAUACUUAGUCAGGAUGUAAAAAAAAAUUUAAAGGUUGUGAAAGGAAGUUUUUUGUAGAAGUUGCCGGCGCUUUUAAACCGAUUUAAAUUUGACGUUGGAUAAUUACGUAUUCAUAGUAGGGAAUUAGCCGAAUUCGAUUCACUAUAAGUGAAAUGACCAAAUAAAUAACCAAACACCUAUCUUAACGCAAAGUCGGUCGCAAAAAAAAAACACAAAACUGUGCAAAAAUGCAAGAAAUAUUUUAAAGUGUUUGCGUGCCAAGAUGACUUAACUCGUUUCCACAAGCUUCCAAGCACUUGUGAAAAAACCUGCAAAAAAAAACCAAAAAAACAAAAAAAAAAUUAAAAAGUAUAAAAAAAUCAACAAAAUUUAAAAAUGUAAAAAAAAAUAUAAAAUUUCAUGGAGCGAAGCUUUUUUGAACAAAAUAGGGAAACAUACAUUUUUACAUCACACAAGUCAUACUUUUUAUACAGGUAUAGGUUUUACAUAUCACAUAAACUACUAUAAAAAUUUAAAAACUACAAAAAAAAAUCUUAAAAACAAAUCCAAUGUAACCAUUAAAAAAAACGAAACAAUUUUGUAACAAAGCAGUGUAAAAUGUAAAAACCGCGCAAAUCUUCACAAAAAAGCUUACGAGUUAAACUGUUGAGUGAAAAACUCGACCAAGAACUUGAUUUAACCUGAUGAUAGCGCCAAAAACAUUAUAAAAAAUAAAAACCCUAACCGAACAACUAA